AUGCAGCAGAAUAAUAUACCAAACAUGCAGCAUAAUUCUCUGUCUGGUGUAUCUACAACACAGCAGAGUAUGAUGAAUUCAAUGCAACCAAAUUCCAAUUUAGAUUCAGGACCAGGAAAUGCUGUAAACUCCCUACAACAGGUUCCUGUUAGCUCACUCCAACAAAACCCUGUUAGUGCUCCUCAACAAACUUAUGUUAACUCCUUAUCCUCACAAUCCGGGGUUAAUGUAAUCCAGUCAAAUCUUAACUCCCUUCAGCAAGGUUCCAGUAUGCUUCAACACCAGCAACUAAAACAACAGGAGCAACAGAUGUUACAUAAUCAACAAAUUAAGCAACAAUAUCAGCUGCAAUUGAUUCAGAGAAAGCAACAACAGAUCAUGCAACAGCAACAACAGCAGCAAUCAGCAAUUACACCAAACAGCAAAGCAACAACUACCUGCACAAUUGCCGACUCAUCAAUUACAACAACUUCACCAAAUGAAUAA